CAUUAUUUUCAGUGCAAAGAGACCUUUUCCUCCACUUCAUUCCCAACAACUAAAAGCAGCUCCACUACUUCCGUUUCCGUUUUCCCGUUUUCCCUUACCCUAUUUCGUGUCCUCCUUUUAUCCAUGGAUUCAGGCCGCCGCGGCGGAGCCAAUAAUUACCGGUACCUUCGGAAACCACCGUAUUCCGAUCGGCUCCUCGGCAUUUUCUCCACCGCUCACUCACUAUCCCAACCCUCUACCUCCACCUCCACUUCCCCUUCCACUUCCGCCGCUGGAGAUGAGCUCAGCGAGCACGACAUCUUCGACGUGUCUUCUGACGCUAUUCACCACUCUAUUCCUUCAACCUCAACGAGCCCCAAUACUAAUCACCAUCGUUCCCCUAACCAUCGCUCUCACCAGAAACAUUUCGGUAUCCUAGCCGCGCUGCCGGAGUCUGAGUCCCACGCGCCUGCUUUGCUCUCUGUCUCGUCAUCCUCCUCGUCUUCCUCCACAUCGUCGGCUCGUUUGAUUCCUACAAUACCUAAACGGCCGCCAUCGGUGGAUCGGGUUAAAUAUCUCCAGUCCGCACCGGUGAAUGUGCCUGUAAUUUCGGCAGUAGGAGGGCAAAGAGGCCGUCAUUUCGACGACGUUGACGAUGAUGAUGAUGAUGAUGACGACGACGACGUGGAUAAUUGCGAGAUGUUACCGCCACAUGAACUUGUUGCUUCGAGGCAGACGCCGAUUUUGGCAUCCUCUGUGCUUGAGGGAGCUGGGAGGAAGUUGAAAGGGAGGGAUUUGAGGCAGGUCCGAAAUGCCAUUUGGCGGAAGACAGAGAAUAUAUGUAAUUUGAAAGCAUGUUAAAAGCAAAGUAUUGAAAGGCGAGUUUAAGGUGCUCCUUGGGGCAUCCUGGUGCAAGGUGCAGUGAAGUUGCCUCAAGAUUCGCGUGAAAGGCGCACACUUUGGGAUCGGUAGGACGCCUGGACUGGAAAGGAAAGGAAAGAUGAAAAGAGAUCACUGAGGCUUUAUUUGAUUAAUGGACACCUUCCAAGCAACAACAACAACAACAACAACCCAGUAAAAUCCUACUAAUGGGAUUUGGGGAGGGUAGUGUGUACGCAGACCUUACCCCUACCCCGAAGGAGUAGAGAGGCUGUUUCCGAAAGACCCUCGGCUCAAAAAAAUAAAAAGACAAAAUGACAAAAAGGAGACAAUAUUAGUAUCAGUAUCAGAAACGAAAGCAGGAUCUGAUGACAAUUUUCUUUUCUUUUUUCUUUUUACAGAACAAAAUUUCUUACACGGUGAAUCUUAGUAUUGUACAUCCAAACUAAGGGUAUUGAUGGGCGGAUUAGACUUAUUUUGGGUUGGUUAAAAUGGACUGAGUCAAUUGACCCGUCUAAAAGUUACUUGGACUGAAAUGUGCUGGAUCAAGAUGGGUUAAAAGUUGGGUCAUAGUCCACCAAACUCUUAUCAAACUUUAAUUAAUGCGUGUUAUUUUCU